AUGAGUUCCGAAAAUCACCACCAAAAUCAGGAAUCCGACUCCUUGAUUACUACUGAUGAGCCCAAGGCGGUAACCACUACCAAUGAGUCAAUGGAGCUGACUCCAAUUCCUUCUGUCAAGGGAAAUAUACCAAAGACUGGUAACCCUGGAAAUGAUGACCAAACCGAGAUCUUUCAAUUCCAACACCAAGUACAAGUUCAUGAGUCUCGAAUCACUGAAUUGGAGACCACUCUUACUACUACUACCUUUGAGGUUACCCACUUAAAGGAACGGCUCGCUACUAUCACAUCAAAGAGGAAAUUACGGUCGGCAAAGAAAAAUGAGAACGACGAUAACCUUGCCGUGAUCUCGUUCGCUGGCAUGAUAUUUAUGAUGAUGGUAUUUUCGUUUAUGGUAUCUCAAAACUGGGACAUUACCAGAAGAAAUAAUGACUCCCAAUCAACUACCAUUAUUGAGUGGAUCACCACUUUGUUUUGA